AUGUCGCUCAAGAAAGAUUCCUUCCCCUCCUCCGCCGCCUUUGACGUGAUCAACGAGACGCUCCAGGCCGACGCCGCCGAGCGCAAGGAUGCCGUCGACAAGGCCAAGGCCAUCGUCGCCUUCAACCUGAAGAACAGCAAGGGUGAGGAGCAGAGCUGGUACCUCGACCUGAAGGAGAAGGGCGAGGUUGGCGAGGGCGCGGCCCCGAAGGGCGGCAAGGCUGAUGUUACCCUCUCUCUCUCCGACGAAGACUUCCAGCAGCUCGUCACCGGCAAGGCCAACGCCCAGCGCCUGUUUAUGGGCGGCAAGCUGAAGAUCAAGGGCAACAUCAUGAAGGCGACCAAGAUGGAGCCCAUCCUCAAGAAGGCCCAGGGCAAGGCCAAGCUGUAA